AUGGAGGGAAGCGACACGGAAGAAGAUGAUGGAGUGGAUGAUGUUUUUGGUGGUGUCAAAAACUGUCCUCCAUCUGUUCUUUUAAUUCCUCUGAUGGAGCUUACUUUGACUAAUGAUACAACUAAUCUGAGUUACUGGUUGACAUGGAAGUUCUUAUUGUGUGCAAUAUGGGUCUUUACUUCCAUGGUUAUAGCAUCAUAUCUAAUUUGGAAAUACGAAGGGUCAACUAAUACAGAUAAUUAUAAAGAGGUGAAACAGCAAGAAAGGGUGUGGUUUAAUUAUGAUUCUGAAGCAUGGAUGCCAUGUAUAAAGGGAAUACAUCCUGCAUGGUUAUUGACUUUCCGAAUCAUUUCCUUUUGUUUGCUUCUAGCAGCUGGAACCUCUGAUGUUGCCAUUCAUGGGACUGAUUUAUUUUUCUAUUAUACUCAGUGGACUUUGUCUUUGGUUACCUUUUAUUUUGCGUUUGGAUCAGUGCUCUCGGCUUACGGAUGUUUGAGGCAACAUAAAAGAUAUGAUGUGGGUGAGGAGCAAGAAUUUCUUUUGCCUCUCACCCAUGAGGAGAAUACAAAGAGUCAGCAAGGAAAAAGUCAUUUUUCGAUGACUGCUUCAUUUUGGGGCUACGUAUUUCAAAUCAUGUUCCAGAUGAUUGCUGGGGCGGUGAUGCUGACAGAUUCUGUUUAUUGGAUAGUGAUGGCUCCAUUCCUUACGGUCGUAGGUUAUGAAAUGGGUUUUUUGACGGUUGUUGCACAUUCACUUAAUCUUGUUUUGCUCCUUGCGGACACAACCUUGAAUAGCUUGGACUUCCCUUGGUUCCGAAUUUCAUACUUUCUAUUAUUGACUAGUUUCUACGUGCUUUUUGAGUGGAUUCUUCAUGCCUUUGUUGCAACUUGGUGGUCAUACCCAUUUCUCGACUUAUCAAUGGAAUAUGCUCCAUUGUGGUAUUUGAUCGUUGCAUUAUUGCAUCUUCCAUGCUACACCAUCUUUUUGCUUGUUGUUAAACUUAAAUAUCACAUAUUGUCUCGAUGGUAUCCUGAUUCUUUUCAAUCUUUGAGAUGAUUGUUUUAUGUUGAUGAGCAUAUUGUUUUUGUAUAUGACUCUAGUAUUUUUUUUAUGAAUCAUACAAAAGAAAGC